AUGUUUCGGUCCCUGGCUGGGGACGUCCCACCAGCGCCGCGGGGUUCCCCGAGAGCGUUACUUUAUUCGGACGCAAUUGCUUACGCAAUUGUCAGGAAGCAAGUGGCGUUCUCGGACGGCCUACACGCGGCGGUCCGGGCGUACCUGGACAGGGUCGAGGCAGAGUUAAGGGCCGAAGGCUUGCUAAGCACUCCCUUGACGCAGGACGAGUCGGCUGUUGCUCAUAGCAACAUUGCACGCUCGACCCCCCUACGUCGCCCCCGACCCGAAUCCCCUUCUUCACCCGACCGCGAGUCCAAAAGGCCCUGCCAGGACUCGGCCUUCCCGUCCCUCCCGGAUCCCCUCUCUCAGCGGGACCCUCGGUUGCGGCGUAGGCUCGCGCUCCCCGUCACGGAGCCCGCCGCUACUGCCGCGCCCGUCGCGCCACCCGCGCCAGCCUCGCGCGCCGUGCCUCCGGCGCCUGCCUCGCGCGCCGCACCGUCCGCGCCCGCCGCCGCACCUACCGCCGCGCUCGCCGCGCCUGUUGCGCCCGCCGCCGCGCGUAUCGCGCCCGCCGCGCCUGUCGCGCCCGCCGCCGCACCUGUCGCGCCCGUCGCCGCGCCUGCCUCGAGCGCCGAGCCCGCUACACCAAACGACGCACCCCUGUCGUACGCGCAACUCGCGGCCGCACCUGCCGCGGACCGCCGCCCUGCAUCGCCACGGCCACAGCCAGCCGCCACCACUACCGCCGCCGCCCCCCGCUACCCGCCGCUGGCUACAACUUAG